AUGGCGUCUCUCUUCUCCACACCAACUUCAACUUCAACUUCCUAUCUCUUCCGUGAAAAAUCCACCUUAUACGGCACCGUUUUACCUCUCAGAAGCUCCGGUUACUUUGAAAUCAGCUGCCGACUCAUCGCCGGAGCCAAACGCUCGCCGCCGUCGCCGGCUUUGAAUCCGGACAGUUUAAUCAAGGAGCCGCACAAGUACUUUGACCAGGUCGUCAUCACGGUCCGCUCCGGCGACGGCGGCCACGGCGCCGUGCUGAGCAUGCCGAACCAGAGGCCUGCGAAGCCGCCGCAGGGGAAGGUCGAGAAGGAGAAGGCGAGGAGGAGAGGAUUGUUGAAGAGGGACUUCGGUGGGUCCCUCAUUCUUCCCACCGGUGGCCACGGCGGCGAUGUGGUGGUCUAUGCUGAUGAGGAAGAAGAUACAUUGCUCAAGUUUCAUAAUAAAGGGAGGUACAAUGCGAAGCGCGGCGGCAAUGUGGCUGCCAUGGGAGUCCUGACCUCGCAGGUGAGGGAUGGACUUGCUGCACCGACUCUACGCAUUGCUGUGCCUGUAGGUACUGUUGUGAAGCGGAAACGAGGGACGCUGUUGCGUGAUCUAGCGCAGCCAGGUGAUGAAAUUCUUGUAGCGAGGGGCGGACAAGGAGGGAUGAGCUUGGUAGAAAUGCCGGAGCGCAGCAAGAAAAAGGUGAUGGCUUUGACCACUAAUGUGAUGCGAGAUGAUAGUGAUAAGGUUUUAUCACUUGGUCAACCUGGAGAGGAGGUUACUUUGGAGUUGAUUCUACGAGUUGUUGCUGAUGUUGGUUUAGUUGGCCUCCCGAAUGCUGGAAAGUCAACCCUUUUGGCAUCUACUACCCUUGCAAAACCUGAUAUUGCUGAUUAUCCUUUCACAACCUUGAUGCCGAAUCUAGGACGUCUUAAUGGUGACCCGAGUUUAGGGGCACAGAUGUAUACUUCUGAAGCAACAUUGGCAGAUUUGCCUGGUCUUAUUGAAGGUGCUCAUCUUGGAAAGGGUCUUGGACGCAACUUCUUAAGGCAUCUAAGGAGGACUCGGCUUUUGGUCCAUGUUGUUGAUGCAGCAGCUGAGGAUCCUGUUAAUGACUACAGAACUGUGAAAGAAGAAUUGCGAAUGUACAACCCCGAUUACCUCGAACGACCAUACAUUGUGGUAUUGAACAAAAUUGAUAUUCCAAAGGCAAGUGAGAGGCUUCCAUCUCUGAUUGAAGAAAUAAUGAAACUAGGUAGUGAUAGGCCAUCCACUUUAGAUACAGCUCAACCACUGCCAAACGAAGGUGGAGAUGCAGAUGUGUCUUCUUCAGGAGUUCGUAGUAGAGACAGAAAAGAAAAGGGAAUUGAAGAGUAUCCACGACCGAUUGCCAUUGUAGGAGUCAGUGUUUUGAAAGGUAUCAAUAUUAGUGAGAUGCUGAAGGAGAUAAGGGCAGCUCUGAGAAUGUGCCGCGACUGAGGUGGAAGUAUGAAGAUUGUGUAGAACAGAGACAACACCCUCUAUGGCAUGAGGCUCCUCUCAAUUAGAUAGGUUAGACAAUUUUGCGGUGUAUUUGUACAUAUGUUGUCAUGUUGAUGUAUAGUUUCAUGAGGUGGGCAUUGUGAUAUCAUGAAUAUAUCCUCUUUGUUCUAUGGAUAUAACCUAGUGAAGGAAAUUCCCCCUCUGACAUCUGUUUAACAUUUUACUAAUACUAAAUAUGAAGUGCUUUCCAAGA